AUGACCUUUAUGGUUUGUUUCUAUAUGGAUGCUUUAAAGAAACAGAAACGUUGUUAUGAAUUUCAUUAUAAUUAUCCUCUAAACGAUGUGAAAUAUAUUGUGAAUCAGAUAAUACAAGACAAAGGUAUGACGUCUAGCAGACCUAUCAAUAAUAUGUACAUGUACAACCAGUAUACCACAAUAGUCAGUGUGACAUGUCCAGAUGAUAUCGAACUUGUAAUACUAGUUAAGUCUUUUACUGGACAUUUUGAUCAAAGACAAGCGAUUCGCUCCACAUGGGGAAAAUGUCAUGAGGGAAAUGUAAGAGUUGUCUUUCUUCUUGGAUAUUCCGCCGAGUUAACUGAACAUACAAGGAACGAAUAUGCUGAACACAAGGAUAUAGUCCAAGGUUCGUUUACUGAUGAAUACAGGAAUAAUAUAUAUAAAACAUUGAUGGCAUAUGACUGGGUUGUAUCGAAUUGUUCAAAUAGUCAGUUUGUCUUUUUUGUUGACGACGAUUAUUUUGUAACCAUACCAAACUUGAUUAAAUUUUCUCGACAAAAUAUUCAAUCCGGAAGAGAUGUAAUGUUUGGUCAUAAGCAAUGUAAUAGGGAUCCAGUGAGAUCAAAAGCAUCGAAAUAUAGAAAAUGGUACAUAUCAGAGGACGAAUACCAGCCACUUACUCUACCGCCGUUUCUUUCCGGGGGAUCUGUUCUUACUCACUUUAAUGUAGUACAAAAAUUGAGAAUAGCAUUUCCUUAUAUGAAGCCGAUAUUUCUUGACGAUGUGUAUGUGUCAUUAGUUGCACAGAAAUUAGGUAUAAAUAUAUUACACGAUGAAAGAUUCGUCAACUCUGAUUUAAGGAGCAUGAACUUCAACUUUAUAAUAUCAUGUCACAAUUAUAAUAGCACAGAGUAUUUAUACGAAGCGUGGUUAACAUUCAAAACACCAAAGCUGUUUGAACGCUUAUUUAACAGUGUUAUUGGCAAGCCUCGACGUGACUUAUGUAGUACAAGUUAA